CCGCACCUCCAACUACAAAAGCUCAAAUCAGGUUCAUUGUGUUAACUUCCUUGCUCACAACACGAACUUUUAUGAUUGCUGAUCCAACCGGAAUAUGGGUUCCAAGACUCCAGAAGGUCAUGGGCAGGGCCCAGAUGGAUCUUCCUCUAACACUGCGAUCAACUGCUCAAACCCGCCUAAGUCAGCCGCAGCUAGUGGGCUCGUUCAUGUUGCGCUCGAAGGGCAGGGCGAGGAUAGUGAUGACGACGAUGAACAAAUUCGACUUCACUUGAAUGGCAGUGGUGCGAACGGUACCAAGAAAAAGCGAAAGCGUACCAAGAAGAAGAGCAAAAAAGCUUCCGAAACGAAGCAGUCUAUUCCUCCUAGAAUCGCCCUCGACGACAUCUUCAACGGUCGACCGUACCCCGAGGGUGAGAUCACUGAGUACACCACUAAGGACGACAAUCUCCAGCGCACCACAGCAGAGGAGAUCCGCCACCUAUCCGCAGUCGCUAACAUGGACGACGACUUCCUCCACGACUACCGCAAAGCCGCCGAAGUCCACCGCCAGGUCCGCCAACACAUCCAAAUCAUCGCCAAACCCGGCAUAUCCCUUUCCACCCUCGCCCUCGAAAUCGACAACGCAGUGCGCUCCCUAACCGGCCACCCCGGCCUCGAGAAAGGCGACGCUCUCAAAGCCGGGAUCGCGUUUCCCACAGGCCUAUGUCUGAAUAACAUCGGUGCGCACUGGACGCCCAACGCGGGCGGCAAGGAAGUAUACUUCCAGGAGAAUGAUGUGCUCAAGAUAGACUUCGGCGUACACGUCUCCGGCCGCAUCGUCGACAGCGCAUUUACCAUCGCCCCCAACCCUAUCUACGACCCGCUCCUCGCCGCUGUGCGCGCAGCUACUAACACGGGGCUGCGCCUCGCGGGCCCCGACGCGCGCAUUUCGCACAUCAGCGCGGAAAUGGAGGAGGUCAUGGAGUCAUAUGAAGUCGAUAUACAUGGCAAGACUGUCCCGGUCAAAGCAGUGCGCAACAUCACGGGACAUAAUAUCCUGCGCUACAAGAUCCACGGAGAUAAACACGUGCCGUUUAUCGCGAGUAAGACGUCCCAGCGUAUGGAGGAAGGCGACAUCUUCGCUAUCGAGACGUUUGGAUCGACGGGGAAGGCUGUAUUGAGGGAUGGUAGUGGAGUUUAUGGAUAUGGAAGGAAGGAAGGGGGAAGUGUCGCGGGGGUACACCAUGCGUCAGCGAAAUCCCUGCUGCGAACCAUUGAUGAGAACUUCGGGACGUUGGUGUUUGCGAGACGCCAGCUUGAGAGACUGCCGGGUGUGGAGAAGUGGCAUUUGGGCAUGAAGACGCUGGUGCAGGCCGGGGUGGUGGAGUCUUAUGCGCCGCUGGUGGAUGUGGAAGGGAGUUAUGUUGCGCAGUUUGAACAUGUGAGUUUUGAGAUAGGGAUGAUGAGAUGA